CUAGGUAGCUCAAGCCCUAAAUUUUUUCUCCUGGUGAGCGCCAUGGAGGCGGACAAGGAGGCGUGCCAGGAUCCUCGGCUGGAGCUCGCACGUAAGCUCUUCUUGCUCUCAGCUCCGGAGAUUCCAGACAUCGAGAAGGUCCAGCUCAAGGAGGAUGUGAUUGCGGCAGCGAGAGAAGACGAUAUGGCUGGCCCCUACGAGGGCUGGUGUCACAAGUUUGGGUGGGAGAUCGAUCACGCGCUGCUGGCGAAAAUGCGGGCCAAGAUCGACGAGGAGGUCAGGAAGCUGGAUGAGAAAAUCGCCGAUGCCGAAGAGAACCUGGGAGAAAGUGAAGUUAGAGACGCUCUUUUGGCAAAAGCGCUGUUCUUCAUUCGUAUUGGUGAGAAGGAGCUCACGCUAGAGCAGCUGAAGAUUACAGAGGCAAAAACCGUUGCCGUUGGUCACAAGAUGGAUCUCGUGUUUCACACACUAAGGCUGGCGUUCUUUUUCUUAGAUUGUGAUCUCAUCUCCAAAAACAUUGAGAAGGCUAAGAGCUUGUUCGAGGAGGGCGGUGACUGGGAAAGGAAGAACCGCCUGAAAGUUUACGAGGGGCUCUACUGCAUGGCGACCCGGAACUUCAAGAAAGCUGCGGAGUUGUUCCUGGACUCCAUCUCCACGUUUACAACUUACGAGCUGUUCUCGUAUGAAACUUUCGUCUUCUACAGCGUGGUGACAAGCAUCAUCUCCUUGGACCGCGUUGCUCUGAAGCAAAAGGUCGUGGAUGCUCCGGAGGUUCUUACUGUCAUUGAGAAGAUUCCACAUCUGUCGGAUUUUCUAAACGCCUUCUACAAUUGCCAGUACAAAACGUUCUUCUUUGCUUUCUCUCGGCUUACAGAGCAAGUUCGCUUGGACCGCUAUUUAGCGCCACAUUUCCGAUACUACAUGAGAGAAGUGCGCAAGGUGGUCUAUGCACAGUUCCUGGAGUCGUACAAAAGUGUGACAAUGGACGCCAUGGCCAAGGCUUUCGGAGUGAGCAUAAACUUCCUCGAUACUGAGUUGUCACGUUUCAUAGCCGAGGGAAAGCUGAACUGCAAAAUUGACAAAGUGGCCGGUGUGCUAGAGACUAACAGACCCGACGCCAAGAAUGCUCUCUACCAGUCCACCAUCAAGCAGGGAGAUUUCUUGCUGAACCGUAUACAGAAGCUCUCAAGAGUCAUCGAUAUAUGAAAGGUUCUGUUAUUCACUUUUUGUCACACAGACAUGUUUCUUAAUCCAAGAGCGGACGGAUAAAUGGCAAUGCCAAGACUUCUGGACUAGCUUUCGCCAGA